UUUUCAUUAAUUAAUCCAUCCAAUAAAUCCAUUUUUGUUUGACCCGAGUUUUGAUUUGUUUUUGUUGUUGUCUUUGUUACCAAAAAAAAAAAUAAAUAAAUAUCAAAAUGGCUUUAGGUGAAGCUGAUGUCCAAAAGCAGAUUAAACACAUGGUUGCUUUCAUUGAACAAGAAGCAAAUGAAAAAGCCGAAGAAAUCGAAGCUAAAGCUGAAGAAGAAUUUAACAUCGAAAAAGGUCGUCUAGUUCAAGAACAACGAUUAAAGAUUAUUGAAUUUUUUGAGAAAAAAGAAAAACAAGUUGAAUUGAAACGAAGAAUUUAUAAUUCUCAUCUUCAAAAUCAAUCUCGUCUUCGAGUUUUGAAACAACGUGAAGAACUAAUCAGAAAUGUUCUGGAAGAAGCACGACAAAAAUUGGCUGAGGUUACCAAAGAUGCUGAUUUAUACAAAAAAGUAAUGCAAAAGCUAAUUUCCCAAAGUGUGUUCCGUCUUGUUGAACCUGAAGUUGUCAUCUGCUGCCGAAAACAAGAUUUGACCUUGAUAGAAUCAUUAUUGGAUUCUGUUAAAAAAGAAUAUCAUGCUGCCACCAAACGUAAUGUUGAAAUUAAAAUUGAUACAAAUCGUUAUCUUUCACACGAUACCUGUGGUGGUGUUGAAAUGUAUGCCCAAGGUGGUAAAAUCAAAGUAACCAAUACGCUUGAAAGUCGUUUAGAUCUGAUCAGUCAACAGUUAUUGCCGGAAAUUCGUGUUGCAUUGUUUCAACGAAACCCGAAUCGAAAAUUUGAUGAUUAAAAGCAUCUCACUGUCUUAAGAAUUAUAGGCAUCAUUUCCAAAACACAUACACAAUUCUAUUUCCAAUAUCAACGCCCAUUUUAUCAAUAAUUUAUUAAGCUUUUUUUUUGUGUCGUGUA